UCCAGUCCUCCGCCCCUCCUCUACCUCCCCUGCUUGUUUCUAAUGGAUCCAUAUAUUCUCAAGUCUGGCUGUUGCUCCUGAUUACCAGAGCCUGUCAAUGCGUUUCAUCUUGUGAAUUUUCUGCUUGGAUCUUCUCUGAGGUCCUUUAGCUUCAGCUUUGCUCCUUAUUCAGGAAACUGGAAUGUACCAGAACCACACCAAAGACACAAACAACAACUGCAGCAAAAGCCUUCUCUGUGAGAACAAGGCCAAGCUUGUUCAGGCUAUUAAAAGAAUCAAACAUGAGGUAGACGAAUGCAGAGAAGCAGAGAGAGACACGUACACAGACUCGGUGGAAGUAGAGAACAGGUUUGAUGAACUAGAACGAGGAAUCAGAGCCGAGUUUCAGAACCUCCAUCGCUUCCUGGAGGAGGAGGAGUACCAGGACCUGGAAAGACUGAAGAGAGAGAGACAGAAACUGCUGAAGCAGCUGAAGGAGAGAGAGAAGAAGAUAGACGCACAAAGAAGGGACCUGGAGGGAGCAAUAACGGAGCUGAACAGCAAGUUGGCCGAGGAGGAUAGUCCUAAACUGUUGAAAGAAAUCCAAGAUCUUGUAAAAAGGUCUCAGGUCCACUUCAUUCGUCCUGCAGAGUUGGACACAGAGGUCCACUCAGGUUGGUUUGUGGGUCCCAUCCAAUACAGGAUAUGGAAACACAUGAAAAGCUGCCUCUACCCAAAUAUUACAUCGGUGAGGUUUGACCCGGACACUGCCCACCCUAAUCUAUGCCUGUCUGAGUCCUGCACUUCCGUUUGGUUCGAUGAAGAGAAAGACACUUCAGAGGUCCAGGCCAACCCACGUCGGUUCCACUAUUACUACUGUCUCCUGGGCCACCAGGGCUUCAGGAUCGGCCGACACUACUGGGAGGUGGAAGUGGGCUACAAGACGGCAUGGAGGGUGGGCGUGGCGCGGGAGGAUGUUCCCAGAGGAGAGAUGACGGCGACCGGAACCUCAAUCGGCCUCUGGACUUUGGCCUUCAAGGGCGGAUCUGUCCUGGCCUGCACGGAUCCGAAACCCACCAAGAUCAACGUGUCUGUCCAGCUGGUCCGCAUCGGCGUCUUCUUGGACUGUGAGGGCGAGGAGGUGACUUUCUACAAUGCUGUUACCAUGGCGCCCAUUUACACUUUCUCCAUGGGAACCGUCAUGGUUCCCCUGUUUCCCUUCUUCAACCCGUGUGACACAGACGAAGGAAAGAACACGGCGCCGAUCACAAUCUUUAACCCCUUGCUUUAGGACCUCAGCAGCUGGAUUGAUGGACAAACUGAAUCCUAGAAGAAUCAUUAAAAUGUAAUUUAUUUCUCAGUUUGCUUGAUGCCAAAUAGUUUCUGGUUUAUUGUCUCCUUUUCAUUGCUGGCAGCCUAAAUUUAUUUAAAGGGGCAGUAUUAUGUGUUCUCCAGGCAUGUAGUGUCAUUUUAUAAAUGUACCUUCAGUUGCUAUUAAAAUACUGUAUAGAUCAAAUAUGACCUAAAAGAAAUUUGACUUUGUAAUCUAACACCUUUAAAUUGGGCCUCUGUCUCUUUAAGAAACUCUUUUUCUUUCUGUCACUGUCCUAAGUGACUCAUGUGAUGAGCUCAUUAGUGUUCUACCAGGUGUUUGCUAAUUGCUGCUGGCUAGUCUGGAGGAGCUUCAUCUCAAAGGUGGAGCUAGGUCCACCCAGGCGCUUUGCUCAGCUGAAUAUUUAGCACAGGAGAUUAAAGGAUUUCUCAAACAUGCAUGAGAGAAUAAAAGCAACACUCCAGGUGUGUUUUGAUGAGGGAAUAAUAUUAUAGCAUGAUAUGAAGGUCAAAUAAGUCAAUUUUACAUAACACUGCCCCUUUAAUUUAAAACAGAAACAAGAAGAAAUGUAAAUUAUUACUAAUAACUAUUGUAAACAGAAACAUUUAAUUUCCAGACUGAUUGUUUUCUAUAAUGCAGAAUGAGCAGCCAAGUUACACAAUGUCUGCAUUUAUUAAAAUGGUUUUAAGACUGGU